AGAAUAUGAAUGUUUCACUUCGAGUACUGGCUCAUAUUUUAUUUAUUUUCUUUGAAGGAAGUACUGUCUCAUAUCUAGUACUAUUUCCUUGCACCUUGGGAUCUCGAAACAUACCCUUUAAUCCUGACCGUCCAAUUGAACAGCGAAGGUUGCUCCCUUGAAUACACGUGCUGCCUAUCUUUUCUUCUCUUUUUUUUAACCUUUUGCUUCCCUGCAUGGAAUUCUCCUCCAACUACAACACAAACAAGAGAGAGAAAUAGAGUAGAGAGAGAGAAAAAAACAAGGAAGGGGGGCAAAGAUAAAAGAGAAGAAUGAGUCACGGUUUCAGCUUCGAUUGUUCUUCACAGGCUCGUUCAUCGCCAUCAUUAGCGACUCAUUCUUCAAAACUUUGAUUUUUCAUUUUUGUAUGAACCCAUAUAUUUUUCUUUUAUUUCUUUAUCUUCAAGUACAUCCAUUUUGUGGGGGCUAAGAGUACUUGGGAAUGGAAUUUUGAGGGUCCCUUUUGUGUGGGUCGGAUCUCGUACUUAACAAAAACUGUCACAUCUGAACACUUGGAUCCUCAUUUGAUCAUCUCAUUUUGCCAGAAAGCAAGGAACUUCAUGAUCCAUUCACCAGUUUAUCGAUCUGGCUGUCUUUGAGUUUCCUCUGCUUAUUCACACCAUUUAGGUAUUUACAGCUGGUAAAAAGAUCAUGGAAUGUAGCACUCUACCAGACUUCAGUGUGAGAAUGAACCAGAAAGAUUCAGAGUCUGAAGCUGGGAAGCAGCCUGGUUAUGUUCUCAGGGAGAACCCCAAGAAAAGUCGGCGUUUUGCUGACUCAAGUGGUGGUGGUGGUGGUGUUUUCUUGAAGGAAUUAAAUGUAUGCAAAGAAUGUGGUAAAGGGUUUCAAUCGAUGAAAGCUCUAUGUGGUCAUAUGGCUUCUCACUCUGAUAAAGAGAAGUUGGUGAUUAACCAAAAGUUUGAACAGUAUUUGGGCACUAACGAGAAGCCCAAACUGAUAAUGGAUAGUCACUCGGAUACCGAGACCUCUGGCCCGAUGCAGAACAGAGUGUCAAAGAGAAUUAGGUACAAGACUCUUGAUGUUUACUCUUAUCUAGGGAAUGCUUGUUCUUCUGUUUCAGGAAUCGAGCAAGAACAGCAAGAGGUGGCUAUAAGCUUGAUGUUGCUGUCUAGAGAUUCUGGCCAUAAAGGAGGUUUGAACUCGGUUGGAGAAUCUUCAGAUAACAAUUCAGUGGUUUUAGAGGCUAAAUCCUCUUCAAUUGAUAUGAUGAUGAUCAGUGGUAAGAAGGUUCUGAGUUCUUCAAUCUCCAAUUUGGAUGAGUUUGUGGGAACGAAGAGAGCAAGUGAUGGGGAGUUGAAAUCUUCCAAGUAUGUCAGUGCUUCUGAAAAUUCUGAUUCUGGGUAUUUCAGAAAUGGACCUAAGAAAAUCGAAUCGGAUGUUUCAGUUGAUGGGUUUCUGAGAAAUGGAAAUUUUAAGAAGCUGGAAUCACGAUCUGGGUUUGGAAAGAACUUGCUCGAUGAAGACGCUAAAGAUCAAGUGGAAAGAGGUUCUUUGAAAUAUGAGUUGAGAAAGAGAACUAGAAAUGGUCUCUACACACCUGAAUCAUUAAUGAAAGCUUGCAAGAAUGAAGCUAACUGGUCCUCCUCCAAUGGUCAAAUCUGUACAAGUAAUGGUCAAAAGAACAAAUACGAGUGUUUGACUUGUAAGAAGACCUUCCAUUCUCAUCGAGCUCUUGGGGGACACAGAGCCAAUCAUAGUAAGAUCAACGGCUGCUCUGAAUCAAUUUGUGAGAGUGGAGAAAACAGCAUAGCGAUGGCCAUCAGCCCAAUUCAAAUAGCUAAUACUAAGAAGAAGCUCAUUGAGAAUGGUACCAGAAAAACUCAAAUUCAAGAAUAUUUCUCUGAAAGAAAACCAAUUUCAAAGAAGAGCAAAGGACAUGAGUGCCCCAUAUGCUUCAGAAUUUUUAAGUCCGGCCAAGCUUUGGGUGGCCACAAGAGGUCCCAUUUUGUUGGAGGCCGCGAGACCAAUGCUAUGGUGAUCAGGCAAGAACCUCUUGACCCGGAGCCAGAGCCCGAGCCUGAGCCUGUGACCGAGGUUACAGUUCUGUUCGAUCUUAAUUUACCAGCUACAGAGGAAGACACAAAUGAAGAUGUUGGAUUCGUGGCAUGGUAAGUUGAAGAAGACCACAAGCAUGAAUUUCUUUCUCUAUUUAUUUAUUUCAUUAAUCUAAUUAAAUCUUACUCAGAGUUAUGCUGUCAUUGUUUCUUAAUGAAUGUAUAGAGGCAACUCUUUUUUGCUUUUCUUCAAGAAUAUCUUAAAUGAGAUGAUGUUUUUCUUCUUGUUCGUGAUAGCCAAAACAAA